AUGGCUGAGUGGUAUGAGUGGUCUGAGUGGUCUGAUCAGGCCGUCAUCGAGGUAAAUUCCUCCUCGGAUUCCAGCGAAGGCUGGGGCCCUUGGAGGCCUAGCGAGGGACAGCACUACCACCAGCCGGAGACUUCGAAGGGCGACAAGGGCAAGCACGGCAAGCACGAGGGCUACCACUGGCAGCCCCAAAACGACAAGGGCAAGGGAAAGCACUCCCAGUCGGAAACAGCGGGCGACCAGCACAAGGGCUACCAGGUGCAGAAAGGCGAGAAGGGCAAGAGCAAGAGCAAAGGCCAGCCACACGAGCCGGAGAAGGGAAAGGGUUGCAAGGGCUACGAGCCGGACACCCACAGCGAGAAGGGCAAGGCAAAGGGCUUCCAGAACAAGGGCAAGGAUAUCGAGAAGGGCGAGAAGGGCAAGACCAAGCACUACAACCGCGAGAUGGACAACGCUAAGGGCAAGGGCAAGUGCUACGAGCCGGAGACCAGCGACAAGGGCAAUAAGGGCUACCGCCCGGAGACGCAGGAGAAUAAGGGCAAGGACAUCGACAAGGGCGAGAAGGGCAAGACCAAGCACUACCAGCGCGAGAUGGACAACACUAAGGGCAAGGGCAACCGCUACGAGCCGGAGACCAACGACAAGGGCAACAAGGGCUACCGCCCGGAGAUGCAGGAGAACAAGGGCAAGGAGAAGGGCGAGAAGGGCAAGACCAAGCACUACCAGCGCGAGAUGGACAACACCAAGGGCAAGGGCAAGUGCUACGAGCCGGAGACUAGCGACAAGGGCAAGGGAAAGCACUACCAGGCAAAGGGCUCCCAGCUCGAGAAGGGCGAGAAGGGCAAGACCGACCUUAAGGGCAAGGGAAAAGAUCGCUACCAGCCGGAGAACCACGACAAGGGCGUCGGAAAGGGCCAGCAGUCGACCGACAAGGGCUGGGGAAAAUGGAAUGAGUGGCACUCUGAUGGAUCCGAAGACGCCAGAGCCAUCGACCACGGCAAGUCCGACGCCAAAGUCAACUCCCACGAGGCAGUUGACUUCGAUGUCACUGCAGCCAAAUCCUCGGAUGAUUCGCUGUGCUGCUCACUAAUGUUCGUGCCAGUGUCGGAAAAUUCCGGCGAGUCCCAGGAUUCUGGCUUCGAGGGCCUGCGAAGGCAGGCUCGAGUCCGAGCCCUUACCGACGAAGAGAAAAGCCGCAUCGCAGCCUACGAGAAACCUUCCGACAUGCCCUACGAAGAGCGGAAGAGACAGCUUGUGGCUCUUGACCGAAGAGUCAAGAGCGACCCCGAAAGCCUACCACCAGGAAUCCUAGCCAUGUACAACGAUGCAUACGGCAGCUCUGCCAAGAAAUUCGAACUGAUGAAGCAUUUCAUCUUGGACCCUUCGUUCCAGUCAAUGACCGUGGACGCACGAUUCCUCGAGAGACACAGCAAGGACUGCAUUCAUGGACCGAGUUUCUUCCUAGGCCAUCUUAGAACCAAGAUCUAUUGCACGGAAGAGCAGCGCAAGUGGCUCAAGGAAAAAAUCGUUGACUGUCGUAUCCUCAGCUACAGAUCUAAUCCAUCAACCCAGCUACACUCGCAAUAUGCUCGAGGUCAGGAGGGGAAAGAGCACCCCCAGGACGCGGUAUUUUCUUGUGCUAGCCCUUUAGAAGCUUCGCCAGGACCCUUUGAACCCACGGGCCCGGAUCUACAAGCACUACAAGAAGGGCGUCGAGAAGACGAAAUCCUCCCAGGAGGUUGCCAACGAGACCAAAUGCAAGGCCGACAUUGGUGGCGGCCAAGCAGGGCUUGCAGCCAGGCAGCUCCUCUCGGAGACCUUGGUGGCUGCCGGUGCCAGCUUCGGUGA